UGUUAAAAUUUAUAUGUUUAUAUGUAUAAAAAUGUGAUGCUGGAAAAUUUGGUGAUCAAAAGUAUCUUUCUUUGGUGAUCAUUUGUAUCUAAAAAAUUUGGUGAUCAAAGGUAUCUUUUUUUGGUGAUCAAAACAAUUGACACCCAUACUUUUACCUUUGCGCGUUUUCUCAUUCACCUUUUAUCUCCAAAAUUCAAUUUUUAUGCAAUGACAAUGAAAAAUUAGCAAGUGUUUUCAAAAUUUCUCACUUACGAUGUGCUUUCAGAAGUACUUCUCAAUGAUAAAAAUACUUCCAUUUAGUGCUAAGAAGUACUUGGUCAAAGAGCUUGACAAGUAAGGGCUUUUUUAUCACCCUAAACCGAAAAAAGUGUAUUUAAAAACCAAAAGUGUUCUUCUGUUUGACCAAAAAACUGAAGAAUGUUUUUUAGAAAGUCUCGAAGGGUUUUCUAGCUUUGGUAACAAUCAGAAGGUUUUUUCCUAAACCCAUUUGGUUUAGGGAAACAUCGUUUUUGGUUUUUCAAGUAGAGAAGGAUUUUCUAGUUUGAGCAAAAAAUCACAAGGGAUUUUUAAAAAGUUAAUUUUUUAAGAGGGAUUUUUAAAGAGUUAAUCGAACACUUUAUAUUUCGAACGAGUGCUUGUCAAUUGAAAAAUCAAGUACUUACACACUGGACAAGUAGUUACACGUAAAUUUACUUCUGGAAAAAAGACGGAAAAAAAAGUACCGACUUCAUUACGCGAGCGGAGUACUUGUCCCAAGUAGUGUGGCCCAAGUACAUUCUCUGGGGUUUCUUAUGGGGAGAAAAAAUUGAACAAAUCGGCCAUUCAGUUAUCAUUCUGGAAUCCCAGAAGAAAAUCUCUACCGUUCGGUUUUGCCGAACAUUUAGAACGGUUCCACAUCGUGUAAGUUCUAUUUAUUGAGAGUAUAAAUAUUUAGGUACGUACUUAAGAAGUAUGUUGCCACUUGGCAUGCGAAUGCAAAGAUUUUUUCCUUAUGCAGAUUUUAAAGUUUUUAUCCACUGGAACUUUCAGAAACAAUUGAAAAUUAAUGCGAACUAAUUUAAAAGAGUCUCAUAUUAAAUUAGUUCGGAUUAAUGUUUUUCUGAUUAAAAAUCAAUUUGAAUUAAUUUCGUUUGAUAAAUUAAUUCAGGCCAAUUGAAUUCAGUUCGAAUUAGUUUAUCAAGUUAAAUUAAUUUAAAUUGAUUUUUAAUCAGAAAAACAUUAAUCCGAACUAAUUUAAUAUGAGACUCUUUUAAAUUAGUUCGCAUUAAUUUCCAAUUAUGGAUAUUUGCCUUAGAAGCAACUGAAACAAAAAAUAUGUUAAAUACGAAUGACAGAUUUGAUAGUUUUCUUCAGAAUUACAAUGUUCUCGUAAUAGACAUCUCGUGCCACGCAUCCACCCAUAAAUAAGCAAAAAAAGGUGAAUUACUGAAUUGAAUGGCUAAAUAAAUUAAAUAAUGCGUGUACAUCAAAAACUGAUGAAACUUGGAUCUAUAUCAUGUUUUACUCAAAAGUCGUUUUAGAAAAUUUCGUAGAUAAAAGUUAUUAUAUUAUAUAAUAAUCCAAAUAUUAUAUCGUGGAGAGUGAUACAUGAAGAGUCAGUUUCUGAUAAUUUAUGCAUCUGUGGGUUUUUCAAAACCGGUUCGUCUGAAUUACAUUGAGAUUAACACCGGAUAAAUAUGAAAAUCUUUUAUUUUCAUCUCAAACGGACCUUUGUGUAAAAGCUUAGGAAUGCGAGACCGGUUAUCAGUCGCAAAGAGAGCGAGAGUAGUUAAUCAUGCAUACUAUGCGUUCUCUCACAAAUACAGUGAUAAGACGAAAGUGACAUCUAUACAUAGAUUAAGCCAACGAGCGAUGAAGAAUAAAAAAGGUUAAACAAUGAAUAAAAUAACCAAGUGAUCAUAAAGUGAAUUCCAUUUUUUUGUGUCUAGAUUUUUCAGUUAGGAUUGGAAUUCAGAAGAAGCUGAAGUUUUCAGAGAUAUUCCCUUCUUGGAUUUUCGAUUUUGGCAGCUUCAGAAUAUAAUAAAAAACCCAGUCGAGCUAAAAUUUUUCUCACAGAUACCUCAGACCUUAUCUCAGGUUCUCAAUUUUUCGUUUUGAGAAAUAUGCUUUCCUUCUCGACAAAACCUUCGAAAGUUGAAAUCCAAAACGCUUAAAAACUAUUUAGAACCUGAGAUAGGGUCUAAAGUAUCUGUGAUAAAAUUCCAGCUCGAUCGGAACAUUUUGUCGAUGGGUCAUAACGUGACUGGAUUGAAGUGACUAUUGAAAAAGGGCACAUAGUAAGAAAAACUCAUUUUCUACACAGAUCACUUUUUUUCAAGGGUAUUGGCUGCAAAGAUUAUACCUCCUCGAAAAGUCAUUGGACAAUUUCGAAGAUAUCUCAUUGUUAAGGGAACACUUUUCCGAAUAUGCAUAAGAAAAAGUUUCGAAUGUACGAGAAAGGAGAAAAACUUAUGAAACUAAAAGUUGAGCUUUUUCAGGCUUGGAAGGAAAAAUUUAAAGAAUUCAUAACUUUUCAAAGAAGGCCAUGAGAUGCUGGGUGCGAUCUCAUUUUGUAGCGCAGACUUCCCUCUACCGUUAGAUAUGGUCAGCUUAAAAGCAAAACGUUUUUCAAAGCAGAGGGUACCUUUAAGCAAAACUUGAAAUCGGUCUCGGUAACUUGAUAUGAUGAAUAUUCGUCGGAGGUUUCAUCAGAGCGGAUAGUAUAUAAAACGCUUUUUCUGUGUAGAAGUCCUUAUAUUUAUGUGACAUUUGCCAAACAGUGAUCAGAAAAAGUCAUUUUAUUAAUCUCUUUUGAUAGAAAACUAUGGAAACGUUUCUGAUAUGACCUAUUCCAGUUCUUUUGAACAUUUAUGUCGUAGUCGACUUCAGACAUAUAUUGUAUCAACUGAAACUUGACGAAUACAUUUCUUUUAGACUUGUGAACCGUGAAGUUGAACUUUCGAUAACCGAUAUUGUCGCGUUGCCAUCACAAACUAUUCCUGUCACAUUGGUAUGUGCUGGUAAUCGUCGUAAAGAGCAAAAUAUGUAUCGUCAGACAAUCGGUUUCAAUUGGGGCAGUGCUGCUGUUUCAACAUCAAUGUGGAAGGGUGUACUGUUAAAAGAUAUUUUGACACUUGUUGUCGGUGGUAUCAAAUCACAGGCUCGUUGGGUUUGUUUCGAAGGUGUAGAACAAUUGCCAAAUGGCACGUAUGGAACAAGUAUACCGAUUGGUCAUGCACUGAACGAGCAAAUGGAUGUUAUGAUUGCAUAUGAAAUGAACGGAGAACGGCUUCCACCUGACCAUGGUUAUCCUGUUCGAAUGAUUAUACCUGGCUGUAUCGGGGGUCGAAUGGUAAAAUGGUUAAAGAAAAUUGAAGUAACAGAAACAGAAUCAUCUAGUUAUCUUCAUUAUCAUGACAAUCGUGUUUUACCAGCACAUGUUAUUGAUGCUGAUAUUGCCGAGAAUGAACGAUGGUGGUACAAACCCGAUUAUAUAAUUAUGAAUUUAAAUAUUAAUUCUGUCAUUACAUCACCACAUCACAAUGAACUAUUAACUAUCAAACAGCCCGACGAUACUUAUACACUUCAGGGUUAUGCUUAUACAGGCGGAAAUCGAAAAGUAAUUCGUGUAGAGGUAUCGUUUGAUGAAGGACUGACAUUUGAAUUGACAAAUAUCAAACAUCCUGAAUUAGACUGUGAAUCGAAUACAAACGAUUUGUAUUUUCGACCACGAUAUUGGUGUUGGGUAUUUUGGAGUUUUCCAGUUGAAACUCGUCGUUUGAUUCAUUGUCAAGAAUUAAUCGUUCGCGCUUGGGAUUCGGCACAAAAUUCACAGCCUCAAUCAUUGACAUGGAACAUAAUGGGAAUGAUGAAUAAUUGUUACUUUAGCGUUAAAAUCUCUCGUAUAGACAAUGAGACAUUAAAAUUUGAACAUCCUACUGUACCUGGAAACAAUACGGGUGAUGGAUGGUUAAAGAAACAGUUCCAAGAACAAAAGACAACGAAAACGGUAACAACAGGAACAAAAUUUUUUACAAUGAACGAAGUUUCCACACACAACACGAAUCAAGAUUGUUGGAUAAUAAUUGACAACAAAGUUUAUAAUCCAACGCCGUUUCUCAGUGAACAUCCCGGUGGUGGUGAUAGUAUAACAUUGAAUGGUGGAACUGAUUGUAGUGAUGAAUUUAAUGCAAUACACUCAAAAAAGGCUCAUCAAAUGUUAGAAAAAUAUUACAUAGGAGACUUACUAUCAUCGCAAGUUCCAAUUAAUAAUACACCUUGUACUUCUUCAUCUAUAACUCAAUGGCAGUCAGUCACAUUGGAAGAAAAAGUUUCACUAUCUAAAGACCAUCGUCAAUUAAAAUUUCGUUUACAAAAUCCAGAGGUGUCACUCGGUCUGUCAGCUGGUAAUCAUAUUCUACUGAAAGCAAAAAUUGAUAAAAAAACGAUUAUUCGUGCUUAUACUCCAUCAUCUCCGCCUAAUCGUAUUGGUUCAUUUGAUCUCGCUAUUAAAGUUUAUGGCAGUAAAAAUGGUGGAAUAUUUUCUCGAUAUCUUGACACUCUUCAGCAAGGUGAUAAAAUUGAUAUUCGGGGACCGUUGGGAGGCAAUUUUGUUUAUCAAGGUGCUGGUAAAUAUUUGGCUGAUUUUGGCAAGAAAAAAGGCUUUGCCAAAGAGAUUGGAAUGGUGUGUGCAGGAACGGGAAUAACACCAAUGUUUCAGAUAAUUCAAUAUAUAUACAAUGAAGAUAAUAAUAAUCAACGGCCAUUCGUGUCGCUCAUCUAUGGUAGUCAGACAAAAUAUAAUAUUCUAUUGCACAAAGAAUUACAAUCAAUGGUAAAUGAUCGUCUACGUAUUCGAUACGUACUCUCAAGAGAUGGCGAACGACGACGAAUUAACAAAGAUGAAAUCAAAUCAAAUUUAUUUCCGUUCAAUAAUACAGACAUAACAAAUGAUGAAAAAGUUAUUUUAUUAUGUGGUUCAGAACAAAUGAUUCAUGACACAUUUCGACCCAUUCUUAGUGAAAUAUUUGAUGACACAUGGAUUGAUGAUCAUGUUUUUGUGUUUUAA